CUUGCUGAUUCAACAGUGUCAAAUAAGUCACCAAACAAAGGAAAGCAUAUUUGAUAUUUUUCUUCGUGUUAAAAAAAUUCCUAUCCUCGCACCUUUUCUUACUCCUUUUAUGUCGCACACAAACUAAAACUGCCUUUAAAAAAAAAAAACUUCUCUGCAAAUUCUGUAACCACUAACCAUGAAGAAAAACCUGUGCCUUUGUUAUUGUCCUGCUGUUGUAGAAACAGAUGAUUCUACUGAUUUUAUUUCUCCAAAUACUGUUUCUUCAUCUAAUAAAGUCUUCAGAAAAGAACCAGAGAAAAAGGACUUGUCAUCUUUGUCAAAACCUUCAUUUUUGAAGCAUAAUAAUAAUAAGAGCCUCCACAAAUUUCCAAGUUAUUCUCGUCGGAAAAUCUUUUCAUACAAGUACUUCCCUCGAUUGUUUAAAGCCAUCUUGUCUCAAGAUCCUGUGAGAAAUAUUCAGCAACUUGAGUUUGAAUUGAAAAGUAGCAGUUGGAAUAAGAAAGAUGAAAAAUGCUUCAAGAAAUUGGAUAAUCAUGAAUCAGUUAAACCAGAAAUUGAAGUCAAGGAAGAUAAUCGAAUCCUACAGGAAAAAGUGAUCAGUUCAGUUUCACAUGAAUCUCAAAAGUCGUUAUCAUCAAAUUGGACAAAUCCAAACACUAGUAAUAUUUUAACAUCAUGUGACCAGAACAAAAAGGAGUCUUGUUCCUUGUUGUAUUUGAUUAUAUUUGCUCUCUUCAUGACAAUAUUUCUUGGUAAAUAUUGGGCCAUAGUGUUAACACUAUCAUGGCUUUAUUUUGUUCCUUACCGGAAUCAGUUUUUCCAGCAAUGGGAAAAUAAACUGAAGUCGUCGAAGUAGAAGUCAAAGUCAAUAUCGAAAGUCAUUACAGAGAGUAUUAAAUUGUUGACCUGAAAUGAAAAGUAAAGUUUUUGACGUGAACAAUACUUCAAGACUCUGGCUUUCGGGAUUCUUUUGGAAUAUCACUGGAUGCUAGUACCAGCAAUAAAAUUACUAGUGCUAGUAUUUGUAGGAGUGAUUAAUUUUUGUGUAGUAUUUUCUUUUUCUUUUUUUUACAUAUUUUUAGGGAGGGUAACGAAGAUAUUCUCCUUGUAGUUCUUGUAUACAACAUUGGAAAUUAACGUUUGUUGGAAAUGUUUGCUAAGUUUUACA